AUGAGCGACAGCGCAUUAGCGGCCAAACGCGGCGCCCAAUUGUGGGACAACAGUCCCGACUCUCUAUUACAUACUUGUAUCCGAUAUGUGCUCAGAGAGGGCUUACGGUCCGUGUCUUUGCCGCGAGAGAUCUGUGAUCUACUCAUUCAUGUCUAUCGCGAGACACAUAUGAAUGACAGCGAACUCAUGAACGACUCGUUGCCAAAGUUUUUGUCCCAAUUUCGGGCGAAUAAUAGCCGCGUAUGUGUGGCCAACUUUGCCGACCUGUCCAUCAAUGACGAGACAUUGGAAUGGUUUCUUGAGGAGCACUCGAAGUCUAUCACUCACUUGGAUGUGUCCAACUGUCGUCAGCUAACGAGUCGGGCCUUAACGCUCAUCAAUACAGCGCUCACCCGUGUUGUAGACCCGUGUCAUCCGUCGCCCCUCCGGACACUCAUUAUUGGCCGCUCAGCGCAUAUACUGUCCGACUUUGAGAAGUUCUCAUCCAAUAGUUAUCUCAUUAACCCAUUGUUAACAAUACGUAAACUAGUGAUACACGAGUGGAACCCAAUCGACGCGUCCGCUCAUUAUCUCAAGUAUUUAAUUAACUCUGAAAUGAAACACACGUUACAGUACUUGGACUUAAGUAAUGGCAGCGCAAUCGGUGACGGCUCACCACUGGAACAGUUGCGGACAUUGAAAACAUUGAUUCUAUACAACUGUCCGGAACUACAUCUAGUUAUCAAUAAUAUCGUGAAGAUUAAGACUUUACGUUGUCUCGACAUUUCAGCGACUGAUGAAGACUGUGGACACGUAUAUGAAGAGCCGAACACACAGUUGGCACUUAUAGUGAACUCUUUGCCCGAAUUGACACGACUGGACAUAUCGGGCACUAAUCUCGCCGGUGAUCAUUGCGAAUUCUUCCCGGGAUUAGUUUUACGAAACAAAACACCAUUUGAUUUUUUAGGACUUUAUAAGACGGCCAAUGAGGCGGCCUAUAGGCGCGCAAUACCCGCCCAUUCAGUUUCGGGCGCCGCCACUGAAGAGCAGAUACUGACUGCUUGUGAAGCUUAUAUCGAUAGAGUCGAGUUCUUGAGGCAUACACUCACUGAUAUGUUCAACUGUUUCCGUAUUGAACAUGAGAAGAAGAUCCAGAACACGGCCUUCGGUUUGCUCUAUCGAAUCGUUAAAUCAGACGAAGCGAAACAUAAGUUCAAUAUUAAAUUUAAGCGAUUUAUUAUCACUAAACUUGUGGACGCUAUGUAUGAACACAGAGAUGACACGAUUAUCUUUGAAUUCUCGCGUUUAGCUGAGAUUCUGUUGCAUAUUGUGACCACCCAUUUGGACGACGAAUUCCUGAGUCUAAUGAUGGCUUUUUUGGAGGCACUCGUGUGUUUGGUCGGCAAUGACCAGACUAUUAGCCAUUAUUUAUCGACCAUUAGGGUUGCCGGCGAUUUGGGAGCGAUUGAAAAAAUGCUGUCAUUAAUCGAUACGAGACUCGCGAGGAAUAUAUGCGACGAAAUAAUGGAGACGGCGUGGAGUGUAUUGGGGAACGCGACCACCAGUAAAGUGAAUUGCGAUCGUUUUCUUAAUCAUAACGGAAUUGAGUACUUCAUGUCGUGUUCGCACACCUUUCCCAACAGCUAUGAGUUGUUGAGGAAUAUGACGGAAGUGUUGGCAAACGUGGCCCAAACCGAUAUACUGCGGCCCCGACUAAUGAACGCUCAAUAUAUUACACGGUUUGUAGAACUGUUGGACACCGAGUCGGACGACAAUGGCGUGAGCUAUAAUGCGGCCGCAAUUCUCUCGCAUAUCGCCUCUGACGGCGAGUAUAAGUGGCGACAGAUAUUACCAUUGGAAUGCAGUCGAGACCAUAUGUUGAACCGAAUGGGAGCCGCCAUUAGCCGAUGGAAGAUCAACUCCAAGAGAAAUAUCAACUUCAGAUUCUUUGAAUCGAUUCGACGUUUAUUAAGGCCAGGCAUACCAUCGGAGGCUCAGUAUUGGCCGGUCUGGGCGUUGGCUAAUCUGACUCGAGUCCAGAGUCAACAAUAUUGCCCACUCCUGGAGUAUUAUAACGGGCUUAAAGUUUUGGAAAAGUUGGCGGACAACGAGUCAACUCCCCCUCACAUCAAACACUUGUCGUCUCUAACUCUAUAUCAAUACGAUUUGUUCGCAAAAACGGGUCAUUUGAAGGCACUCGAGGACAGCCAAGACAUGGAAAUACCGGCCGAUUAUGUGAGACAAUCUCACCGAUAGUUAAGAGCGAAU